AUGAAAUGGGAAACAAUUCAAACGGUCAAAGGGUUCGCUCCAUGUAAGCGAUAUGGCCACACUGCCACACUUUGGAACAAUUGCAUUAUUGUAUUUGGUGGCUGCAAUGAAUAUCAGGAAUACUGCAACGACGUCCAUGUAUUUGAUAUUGAGAAACUCAUCUGGUUUCAACCUGAAUUGAAUGGCUCAGUACCUGCACGAUACUUGCAUAGCGCGUCCGUGUACGACGACAAACUGUUUAUUUAUGGAGGAUUUGCAAAGAAUUCUGACCGCACUUAUGUUUUGGAUGAGCUCAGUGUGCUGGACCUCAAGUCCUUUACAUGGUCGAAAUUCCACGGCGUUCCUCCUAGAUACAACCAUUCAGCAACACUUGUAGGCCACAAAAUGUACAUUUAUGCUGGCAAAGACGAGCACGGAAACACCAUAUCAGAUCUGUUCGUCGUUAAUUUAAAUACUCCACCCUACACACCGCAUUUAGUAUUGAAUGGUUCCACUAAUUCACAAAUGGUAUUAUUAAAGAGUCAGCACUUUUGCGAGGCUGUGUGCGGAAAACUGCUGGUGUUUGGUCGAUACCUGACCCACGCUAGCACGACAUUGAUCAGCACAAGCAACAGCAACAGCAGCAGCAACAUCAGUAGCCAUAGCAGCAUGAAUACCAAUCCUGAAUCCAUGUAUGGACUGUGGAUGCUUGAUUUAGAUACAUUGACUUGGGAACGACAGGAUUGCAACGCCAAUUUCAAGGUUGGAGGUUGGAAUUACUUUACAAUCAUAUCCGAGAGUAACGACCAGGCUAUGGAUCAGCAAGUAACCCUAAACAACUUGUUUUUUCUCGGCAACACUGAUCCAUUUCGUCCACAAGGUUAUGAUCAUUUCAGAGAUGCUCUUGUGGUGAAUGGGGAAACACUUGGCUUAUACGACAUUCCACCGCCAUCGAUAUCAAGCGAAUUCUCUUGUCUGCUCAAUAAUCCAGAACUAUCCGAUUUUGUCAUUGUUCCAUCCAAUGGCCAAGAGCUUCAUGUCCAUCAAGUCAUUCUCAUCACGCGCUGGCCGCAUUUUAGGAAUAUUUACAAGUCGGGUAUGGUGGAAUCAAGACAAAGACGCAUGGAAAUACCAGAGCCCUAUGAGGUUGUGCUGGCGUUUCUCAAAUAUCUCUACAAUGAUCAGCUCGACGACAAUGAAUCUUGCGACAUUAUUUGCCAAGUACUGGUAUUGGCAAAUAUGUAUCUCCUCUAUCGACUCAAAAAGAUCUGCUGCCAACGACUCUACCACCAUCACUUGACUAUAGAGACAUGCGGUUUGAUAUUCGAAAAGGCCAUUGCAGCAGAAGAAGCUGGUCUCAAAUCACUGACGCUCGACUUUAUGUUUCGCAACCUGGGAUUCAUACUGAAAGCUAAUGUGUUGCUACAAAUGUCGCCUAUGAUUCGCAUGGAAUUCCUGGAAGCAGUGCCUGAAGAUGCUGUCUUAGAGGUUCAUCAUCGAUCGACAAGGAAUCCCACCUGCUCAACAUCCACCGAAUUCGCAGCCUCGAAAAGCACGGCCUAUAUCACUACUACAUACGAUACCACUAAUCAUCAUCACCACCUUCAUCAACUUCACCAUCCACAACAACAACAACAACAACAACAACAAGGCGUCAUUGUUGUUGGUGCAAGUGGAAACAAUGAUCUAAUACCAGUUACUCUUAAUACCAACAACAGCAAUCUCAAUGCAUCUUCAGCUGCAACUGUAGGUGUUUAA